AGUGUGCCAAAUUCCCUUUAUUAUCAAACAUAAACUGAACCAAUAUUUUUGGACCAACACCAAAUCCUUGGACAAUUUAUUAUCAAACGUAGACUUCACCCAUACAAUUGGACCAACACCAAAUCUUGCACAAUUUAUUAUCAAACAUAAACUGAACCAAGAAAACCGAAUUGUUGUUUGUACGAUAACAUUUGGCCAUGGCUUUCUCUUCAUUGUUAUCUCGUUUACGAUCCUGCUCAAAACCCUUUUGCAAUAAUCUAAGAACUUCAAUUAUCCAAAGACCCCAUAAUCCAUCUAGCCUUAUAGAGCCAGUAAUUUGCUCAAGAAACGGGAAAACUCCAUUAUGGUUUGCUUCUUUAAUCCCUUUAGCCUUUGCUGUCUCUGCUGGUUCACUCUCUCUCAAUGAUGCUUCACUUUCUGACCCAAAAAGUGUGAAAAUUGGUGGCAAAGGUAGCACAGAUUAUGCCGUGAAAGGUUCUCGUAGGGAAGUUCCACCAGAGCUUAUAGAAGAAUUGAAGGGAAUUUGCCAGGAGAACAUGACAACGGACGAAGAUGAGAGAUGUGUUCACGGGAAGCCACAAAACAGCUUUCAUAAAGCAGUAAACAUUCCUGAUGUUGUAGUUUAUCCAAGGUCUGGGGAGGAGGUGUCUAAGAUAGUUAAGUCCUGUAACCUGCAUAAGGUCCCUGUUGUUCCCUACGGUGGAGCUACCUCUAUUGAGGGACACACCUUAUCUCCCAACGGUGGUGUUUGCAUUGAUAUGACAUUGAUGAAUUGUGUUAAAGCUUUGCAUGUUGAGGACAUGGAUGUGGUGGUUGAACCAGGCAUUGGCUGGAUGGAGCUCAAUGAAUACUUGGAGCCCUAUGGUCUCUUUUUUCCCCUUGAUCCUGGACCUGGGGCAACCAUCGGAGGAAUGUGUGCUACACGUUGCUCUGGUUCUUUAGCAGUGAGGUAUGGUACAAUGCGCGAUAAUGUCAUAAAUCUCAAGGUUGUUCUAGCUGAUGGAGAAGUUAUGAAGACUGCAUCCCGUGCCAGGAAAAGUGCUGCUGGAUACGAUUUGACGCGGCUGAUGAUUGGAAGUGAAGGCACUUUGGGUGUUAUAACUGGAAUUACAUUGCGCUUGCAGAAACUUCCACAAUCGUCAGUGGUUGCAAUGUGCAACUUUCCUACAAUUAAGGAUGCAGCAGAUGUUGCUAUAGCCACAAUGCAUUCUGGCAUACAGGUGUCAAGAGUGGAGCUCUUGGAUGAAGUUCAAAUCAGAGCAAUCAAUCUUGCAAAUGACAAAAAAUUGCCGGAGAUUCCAACUUUGAUGUUUGAAUUUGUAGGCACAGAGGCAUAUGCACGUGAGCAAACACAAAUUGUUCAGAAGAUAGCUUCUGAGCACAAUGGUACUGAUUUUGUUUUCGCUGAAGAACCUGAAGAGAAAAAGGAACUCUGGAAGAUAAGAAAGGAGGCACUCUGGGCUUGCUUUGCGAUGAAACCUCAUUUUGAGGCAAUGAUAACGGACGUGUGUGUACCGUUGUCACACCUUGCUGAAUUAAUUUCAAGAUCAAAACAGGAGUUGGAUGCUUCUCCUUUAACGUGCACCGUCAUUGCUCAUGCUGGUGAUGGGAAUUUCCACACAGUAGUUCUAUUUGAUCCUACCAAAGAGGAACAACGACGAGAAGCUGAGAGGUUAAACCACUUCAUGGUCCAUCUUGCUUUAUCAAUGGAAGGCACCUGUACUGGAGAACAUGGUGUUGGUACUGGGAAAAUGAAGUAUCUUGAAAAAGAACUUGGGAUCGAGAAUUUGAGGACGAUGAAAAAGAUAAAGGAUGCUUUAGAUCCCAACAAUAUCAUGAACCCUGGCAAGCUUAUUCCGCCUCACGUUUGCUUCUGAGAUAGCUGUGUGAACUGGUUUCCUUUUUUUAGUUCUUUUUCCCUAAUAUCUGUUGUGACAUUGUAUUUUAUGUUAGAUCAAGU